AUGGCGUCUUCUCUGUCCAAGGGCCCUCUGUUCUCGGCGGUCCGGUCCAACGCCGCCGUUUCGCAAUUCUACUUUCCUGCGGUCCCGGGAUCAUGCCAGUGCCGGUUCUUCUCACAAUCGUCGCAACGCAAUGGUCGUCAGGCGAUGAACAUGGAUAGCCCCAAGGUUCCUACGCCUUUGAAGCCGUCUACCGCGACUAGGGGCUCCAUGAUGUCGAGGUCGGAGUUGCCCACCGACCUCGGUUUGCUUCCGGGCACUUUCAUCCGGCCGCUCUGGCGGGACUUGCCCUCGAUCUUCACACAUCCCAAGGAACGUUUACAGCUGGAGUGGCUGUGGCUGAAAUCUGGGUUCCAAUCUUUUGCAAGCAUUAUAGUCUACUCGAAAAUCACCUUCAAAGGUCUCCCCCUUCGCUUCCGUGAACGACGUCAGGUAGCUCGCGAACUACACCAGCGGGUGUACUCCGCAUUCGCCGCCGGCGACGUCCCCACGAUCCGCAAGAUCUGUUGCACCGGCUUCGCAAACGACCUCACCUCCCGCAUCACCGCCCGAGCCAAAGAUGAAGCCGUCACCUGGACCCUGGACAAGUACAACCGCACCCCGGCCACGCUGUUCACCGGCACUCGGGGCGUGCGACAGGUCGUCGUGCGCAUCACCAGCCGCCAGUCCACCCAGAAGAUGCGCGUCGUCACCAAAGCCUCCACGACCGGCGCCGGCCCCGCCGCCCGCAAGUCCCUCACCAAGGAGCUCGAGCCCGUCGCCCCCGCAAAGCAGCAGGACUGCACCGAGUACCUCGUCUUCCAGAAGCUGCGCUGGUUCGGCCAGGAGGAGGACUGGCGCAUUUGGGGCCAUACCCAACCGACCACCGUCGAGGAUCUGUACUCCAACCCCAUGUUUGCGCCGGGGUUGACGCUCGCGGAGCGCAUGCAGCAUGCGCAGGAUAUGUACCAGGGCAAGAAAUAG